GGAGAUUUACACCAAGAACCAUGUGUGCCGAGCGGCUGGGCCAGUUCGUGACCCUAGCUUUGCUGUUAGCUACCUUCGACCCGGCGCGAGGGACCGAGGCCACCAAUCCGCCCGAAAGUCCCCAAGACCGGGGCUCCCAGCAGAAGGGCCGUCUGUCCUUGCAGAACACAGCGGAAAUCCAGCACUGUUUGGUCAACGCUGGCGAUGUGGGCUGUGGCGUGUUUGAAUGUUUCGAGAACAACUCUUGUGAGAUUCGGGGCUUACAUGGGAUUUGCAUGACUUUUCUGCACAACGCUGGAAAAUUUGAUGCCCAGGGCAAGUCAUUCAUCAAAGAUGCCCUGAAGUGUAAGGCCCACGCGCUGCGGCACCGAUUCGGCUGCAUAAGCCGCAAGUGUCCGGCCAUCAAGGAGAUGGUGUUCCAGUUACAGCGGGAAUGCUACCUCAAACACGACCUGUGCUCGGCCGCCCAGGAGAACACCCGGGUCAUGGUGGAGAUGAUACACUUCAAGGACUUGCUGCUGCACGAACCCUACGUGGACCUGGUGAACCUGCUGCUGACCUGUGGGGAGGAGGUGAAGGAGGCCAUUACCCACAGCGUCCAGGCUCAGUGCGAGCAGAACUGGGGAAGCCUGUGCUCCAUCUUGAGCUUCUGCACCUCGGCCAUCCAGAGGCCCCCCACGGCGCCUCCUGAGCACCCGCCCCAGGGCGACAGAGCCAAGCCCUCCAGGGCCCACGGGGAAGCAGGUCACCCCCUCUCAGAGCCCAGCAGUCGGGAGACUGGCCGAGGCGCCAAGGGCGAGCGAGCUAGCAAGAGCCACCCAAUCGCCCACGCCCGGGGCAGAGCGGCUGGCCACGGGGCCCAGGGAACUUCUGGAAGCAGCGAGUGGGAGGAUGAACAGUCUGAGUAUUCUGACAUCCGGAGGUGAAACGAAAGG